AUGUGCGAGGUUCUGGACUGGGAGCUCACAUUCGAGGACGCACAGCUGGAAAAUGGUGACAUUGUGUGCGUACAGCGUGCCAUCCCGCUCGCCCUAGAGGGUGCGGCUGCUGCUGCUGCUGGGGCUACUGAGGGUAUUGGGAGUGGUGGUGGGAGUGGUGGUGGGAGUGGUGGUGGGAGUGGUGGUGGGAGUGGUGGUGGGAGUGGUGGUGGGAGUGGUGGUGGGAGUGGUGGUGGGAGUGGUGGUGGGAGUGGUGGUGGGAGUGGUGGUGGGAGUGGUGGUGGGAGUGGUGGUGGGAGUGGUGGUGGGAGUGGUGGUGGGAGUGGUGGUGGGAGUGGUGGUGGGAGUGGUGGUGGGAGUGGUGGUGGGAGUGGUGGUGGGAGUGGUGGUGGGAGUGGUGGUGGGAGUGGUGGUGGGAGUGGUGGUGGGAGUGGUGGUGGGAGUGGUGGUGGGAGUGGUGGUGGGAGUGGUGGUGGGAGUGGUGGUGGGAGUGGUGGUGGGAGUGGUGGUGGGAGUGGUGGUGGGAGUGGUGGUGGGAGUGGUGGUGGGAGUGGUGGUGGGAGUGGUGGUGGGAGUGGUGGUGGGAGUGGUGGUGGGAGUGGUGGUGGGAGUGGUGGUGGGAGUGGUGGUGGGAGUGGUGGUGGGAGUGGUGGUGGGAGUGGUGGUGGGAGUGGUGGUGGGAGUGGUGGUGGGAGUGGUGGUGGGAGUGCAGUGAGGUACCCCGAUGUGCCAUCCUUCCUGGAGUAUGCGCACAACCGGCAGCUGGGGCACUUAAAGCAGUUGAAGAAGCCAAAAGAAGAGGCCUUUUGCUUCGAACUGAGGUGCCAUGGGGGAAGGUGCAAUGGGAGGUGCGAUGAGCGGUACAGGGAGGUGCAAUUGGGUGGUGGAAGGAGCUUCGAUGCAAGCUGUCUCGAUACAGGAUGGCGUCGCAAGAAGCUGAACGCGUCGUGCCAACCAUCAUGGCCGUACUUAUUCCCGUGGCGCGCGUUCGAACCCGGGGAAACAUUCUCAACAUUGCUUGCGCCAGCAGGAGGGGCGGCGGCGUCGCCUGCUGACGUGUCAAUAGCGAAUGGGGUCACUGGAGUCACUGACGCUCUACUGGCAGCUGACGGGUCCCGCUUUUUACAACUGACUUCCGCUUUUUCCGCGUCUUCUAAUGGCGACGGCGCUUCUGGUAGUAGCAAUGGUACUAGUAACAAUAGUACUAGUAGCAGCGCGUUUGGCGGGCCAGGCGUGGCACAAGCGCUGUGCGAACUCAAACCCGCUGCGGCGCCGACCAGCAAUGACUCGCAGCAGGCGCAGCAGGCGCAGCAGCAGCAGUCCCCGCGCCAGCUGUCCCUCUCGUUCUUUGCGCGCGCCAGCCUGUGCGCGGAGGGGGAAGGGGGCGCGGAAGGGGAGGCGGAGCGGCAGUUGAGGGUGCUGCUGCUGGCAGUUCCGCUGAACGCUUCCGCUUCCGCCACAGCAGGGGGAGGGGGAACAGCAGGUGGAGGGACGGGGGACGGAGGAGCGGGGGAGCAGGUGUGGGCGGAGUGGCGGGUGGGUGUGCCGUGUGGGGGGAGCAGCGCGAGUUUGUCCGGCGCCUUGCCUUGGUUCCAAGUGGGACCCCUCCUCUUCCCCCUCCCUGACCCCACAGAUUCCUCAUCCUCUUCCUCCAACGCCUCUUCCCCUUCCUCGUUGGUAGUGCCGCCAGGGGGAGUGACGCUUCACUUGGUGAUUCGAGCCGACCCUUCCAAUUCCAAGUCCUUCUCUUACUGGCCGCUCUCCAGCACCCACCCUUUGCUCACAGCCGGCUCAACCCGACGGAACCCAUCCUCCCUCGCCCUCACCACGCUCUCCGACCUCAACCCUGCUGCUCUCGCGCUGCACCCCGCGCCCUUCGCGCUGCUCGCCCCCGCCACGCCCACCUCCCCCUGCCGCCCCUUCUCCUUCUCCACCUCCUUCGCCUUCCGCAUCUCCUCCCCCAACGCCGCCGGGCUGGGCGGCGAGGGCUUGGUGUUUGUGAUGAUGCCAACGCCCCCGCUCGGCCUGCCGGGGCCCUCCCUGGGCUACGGCCGCGUGCUGCUGCCUCCGGGGCUGUGUUGGAAAAGUCGCCAGAAACCAUAA